AUGUCCUGGUCCAGGAUCAAGCAAUGCACCGUGGUGAACAUGGACGACCUAAUCACGGUGCACCAUGAGAUGGGCCACGUCCAGUACUUCCUGCAGUACAUGGACCAGCCCAUCUCAUUCCGUGAUGGGGCCAAUCCUGGCUUCCACGAGGCUGUCGGCGAUGUCAUGGCCUUGUCCGUCUCCACCCCCAAACACCUGCACAGCAUCAAUCUGCUGGACCAAGUCACGGACAACAAAGAAAGUGACAUUAACUACCUGAUGAGCAUCGCCCUGGACAAAAUCGCCUUCCUGCCCUUUGGAUACCUCAUGGACCAGUGGCGUUGGAAGGUGUUUGAUGGGCGGAUCAAGGAGGAUGAGUACAACCAGCAGUGGUGGAAUCUCAGGAUGAAGUACCAGGGACUGUGCCCACCAGCGCCAAGAUCUGAAGACGACUUUGACCCCGGGGCAAAGUUUCACAUCCCUGCCAACGUCCCCUACAUCAGGUACUUCGUCAGCUUCGUGAUCCAGUUCCAGUUCCACCAGGCGCUCUGUGCGGCAGCCGGGCACAGGGGUCCCCUGCACACGUGUGACAUCUACCAGUCCAAGGAAGCUGGGAGGAUCUUGGGGGAAGCCCUGAAGCUGGGUUUCAGCAAGCCGUGGCCCGAAGCCAUGGAACUCAUCACAGGGCAGCCCAACAUGUCAGCUGAUGCCCUGGUGAGUUACUUCGAGCCGCUCAUGACAUGGCUGGUGAAGGAGAAUGAGAAGAACAGGGAGGUCCUGGGCUGGCCCGAAUACAGCUGGACUCCUUACACAGCCACUCCAGCCCAAGCUGGCUCCAGCCGAACCGAUUUCCUGGGCAUGUCCCUGACCAGCAAUCAAGCCACAGUGGGCGGCUGGGUCCUGCUUGCCCUGGCACUCGUCUUCCUGAUCACCACCAUCUUCCUGGGCGUCAAGUUCUUCUCAGACAGGAGAAAGGCCUCCAAAUCCAGCUCAGAAAUGGAACUGAAAUAA